GGCGAUCUGAGGAGAGAGGUCCCUGGGGCGGUGUCGCACUUCGCACGGACAUCACACUCUUGACUCUUGAGUCUUGAGAGGCUUAGGUUGAAAAACUUAAAAAUACAACAGAUGCCGCGGAUUCGGAUCUCUACACCUCUACACAAUACACGCUGAUAAUAAUUAAAGCCACCACUAGCAAAUUGCAAUUCUUCCACUCCUACAUCUUUUUCUCACACAGUCUCAUCUAUAAUCAGACUAUCACACUUCCUGUUUGCUCCCUGCUCCCUCAUCACUCAUCCCUCAUCCCUCAUCCCUCAUCCCUUUCUGUAUUUCUUUUUCGCUGCAGCAACCAAAGAAAAGAAAUCUCUGCUGCAGUUCAGAGAAUCGAGUGUCGAUCCAUCUUAAGAUGAGAUAAAAAAGUAAAAGCAAACUUCUUACCUAUUCUCUCUCUCUCUCACUUUUUUCCCUCUCAAAUCUCCCCUUCUCCUGGGUCACCCCUCUCUGUUAAUAGGCAUCUUCUCCAACAGAUACUUUGUUUUGUUUCAAACCUGCAAUGGAAGCCCCGUCACCUCUAUCAACCCAACAAACCCUGAAGGAAAACGAACAAACCGAAGCCCCACCGAAGCUCUUCAAGAAAAGCUUCGUUACUUCAUUGAUGGAGGCUGCCACCCUUCGAUCUCCCUCCUUCAAGGAAGACACCUACUUUGUUUCUCACUUACACUCAUCGGAGAGGAAGGCUUUACAAGAGCUCAAAGAGAAGCUCUCGAUUUCUCAUGGAUCUGAUGAAUCCAUGUGGGGUAUUCCACUAUUGGGUGGCGACGACAGGGCGGACGUGAUUCUUCUAAAGUUUCUCAGGGCGAGAGAUUUCAGAGUCGCGGACUCAUUUACCAUGAUAGACAAGUGCUUGGCUUGGAGAAAAGAGUUCGGAGCUGAAGACAUUGUGGACGAGGAGUUGGGUUUCAAGGAGCUCGAAGGGGUUGUGGCUUACAUGAAUGCGUACGACAGGGAGGGACAUCCUGUCUGCUACAAUGCUUAUGGGGUUUUCAAAGACAAAGAGAUGUACGACAGGAUCUUUGGGGACGAAGAGAAGCUGAAGAGGUUUCUUAGGUGGAGAGUUCAAGUGCUCGAGAGAGGUAUUCACCUUCUCCAUUUCAAACCUGGUGGUGUUAAUUCUUUGAUCCAGGUGACCGACCUCAAGGACAUGCCCAAGAAGGAGCUCAGGGUCGCUUCAAAGCACAUUCUCUCUCUGUUUCAAGAUAAUUAUCCGGAGAUGGUGGCUCGAAAGAUUUUCAUCAAUGUUCCUUGGUACUUCAGUAUGAUGUAUUCGAUAUUUAGCCCAUUCCUUACCCAUAGGACGAAGAGCAAGUUCGUGAUCUCUAAAGAAGGGAAUGUUGCAGAUACCCUUUACAAGUUUAUAAGGCCGGAGAACGUGCCAGUUCAGUAUGGAGGGCUGAGUGGAGCUGGAGAUUCGAAGAACGGUCCUCCCAAACCAGCUUAUGAAUUUACAGUGAAAGGAGGAGAGAAAGUGAACUUGGAGAUAAAUGGGAUUGAGUGUGGUGCGAGUUUAACAUGGGAGAUAGUGGUGGGAGGAUGGGAUGUGGAGUACAGCGCAGAAUUUGUGCCGAGUGGGGAAGGAAGCUACAGCAUUGCCAUCGAGAAAGGCAGGAGGAUUGUCGCAGCAGCAACGACAGAUGAUCAAGAAAUGGUGCAGAGCUCCUUCACAGCGAAGGAAGCAGGGAAAAUGGUACUCUCCAUCGAUAACACUGCUUCAGGGAGGAAGAAGGUGGCCGCUUAUCGAUACUUUGUUCGCAACCCCUCCGGCACCACCAGCGGGGUUGCGUCGUCAUGCUUUAAUACUUACCUUUAGAACAAACUUUAAAUUCUAAUUAUCACAUCUGGUCCCUUCCUGUAUUCAUAUGGUACCUCUUCCAUGGAUCAAUUCUAAUUUCUAAGGAAGAAGAUAUGAUACUCUUUUCUAA